AUAUGACACUGUGCUCAAGAGAAGAGCAAAACUUGGUUUUUUUUUUCCUUUUCCUCAGAGCGCAAAGGGGAACUCUAAAACCCUAGCUCCUGUGUCUUUGUUGAUCACGAAAAGAUGGAGGCGGCUACCAAAGAAGAACAGAUUCAAGUCAAAGAAAAGGAAGCUCCACAGUUAGCUACGGUGUUGAAAGAAAUAAAAGAAGGAUUGGAUAUAGUGAGGAAUAAAGUUCAAGCCUUAACUGCCAAGGUAAAAACGAAUAAUUUUCCGACUACGGAAGGGAUAAGCUACCUUGAAGCUAAACAUUUACUGCUACUAAGUUAUUGCCAAUCACUGGUUUUUUAUUUGAUACGCAAGGCAAAAGGUUUGUCAAUUGAGAAACAUCCUGUAGUUCGUAGCCUUGUGGAGAUAAGGUUGUUUUUGGAGAAGAUCCGGAUGAUUGAUAAAAAACUUGAAUAUCAAAUUCAAAAGCUCAUAAGGGAUGCCGGUUCUACAAGAGAUCAAGUAGAUGUGAGCGAAAACGAAUCUAAGGCAUCUAAGAAACCAGAGGAUAAUUUGAAAUAUAGACCAAACCCAGACUUGCUUGAAAGCAAAACUGAUAUGCUGGCUCAGAAUGGUGGUGUUUAUCGACCACCCAAAAUUGCCCCCAUGAUUAUGGAGGACGAUAAGAUGUCAAAACAGGAAAGAAAUGCUCUGAGAAGGCAGAAAGAGACUCUUCGAAAAGCUAAACAUGGUUUUAUGAAAGAACUGAUAGAUGAUAUGGAGGAUAGACCCGCUGAGGUUAAAGAAUAUGCUGGACUCGAUAGUUGGGAAUCCCAGAGAUAUGUGGAACAGUUUGAAGAUCGAGCACGACAAGAAGAAGAGCUAUUUACACGGGUUCCUCUGACCAAGAAGGAGAAAAGGAAGCAAAAGGAUUUGAAGAAGUCAAGAAAUGGGUUGCUUGGUUUGACUGAUGGAUUCAAUGAUGAAAUCAAAACCUUACCCUUGGAUGAUGAUACAAAUGAGCAGACAACAACCAUCAGUAAUGGCAGCAGUGCAAUGGGAAAACUAAAGAAGCGCAAGAGGACGUAUUAAUGACAACGCAUCAUCAGUUGAGCUCUUGAUGCGUAAAAGCCAAAAGGGAUUCAAGAGCAGCAUUUUAAAUUCGUGGCUUAAAAGGAUGCCUACUUGUGAAUUCAUUGAAAUGUAGUUUCUGCUUGCAAGGGCAUCUCCAGUGGGAGAGCCAAAAACUAAUUUUUUUUUUUGUCUCGUCUUCUGAUUUUGCAGCUUCAAUGUUAAAAUAGAUUGUUUAAA